GCAAAAUUAUUCAAACUGCAUUGCUAUAGCCCUCUCCAGCUCAUCAACAUCUCCAUACCUACCCCACGGUCCAAAUAACUCUUUCCAAAAAUGCCCCGCUCCCCAUCCCCAACCCUAUCCGACUCGGAACUCCUCGAUUCCAUCGCCGACUCAUUCGACUAUGCUGCCCACCGCGAAGCCCGCAUGGAAGCCCUCGCACAACAGGUCAAAGCCGUCAAGAACUUGAGAGAAACGGGGGAUGGAGAGUAUGGAAGGGUGGUGGAGUAUAAGGAGGAGAAGGGUAUGAUUGAGCGGAUGGCGAAGGAAAAGUACUGUCUGAUCAACUUUUUCCAUCCAGACUUUAAGCGCUGUGAGAUCAUGGACCGCAAACUCACCGAACUCGCCCCAUCACACCCCCACACCCUCUUCCUAAAAGCAUCAGUCGACAACGUCCCGUUUUUGGUCAGCAAGAUGGCUAUCAAGGUGUUGCCUUGCGUUAUGUGUUAUGUCGAUGGACGGGCUGUUGACCGGUUGAUAGGGUUUGAAGAAUUGGGACAGACAGAUAAUUUCUCGACAAAAGCGCUUGAAUUUAGAUUACAACAGUCUGGCGUCUUUCCCCGAAAUACAAGUCUCUCAGCAAACCUCAACCCCCUCCUCGUCGGCAAGGGCCGCCAAGCCAACGGAAAGGGAUCUGAUUCGGAAGACUCCGAGGAUGAGGAUGAACGGAGACGGACGCAGCAGGGGAGAGGUAGGGGUGGGAUCCGGACUGGGAUGGCUAGUAAAGGGGAUAGUGAUGAUGAUGAUUGGUAAAACACCUCUCAACCCUUCGUCUAGGUAUGAUGUUUGAAGAAAAGGGAAGAGGGGUUUAGUUUGCUAAUAAUAGUAGCAGGGCUCUGUACUUUUACAUGUAUACAUCUCCCAUGCCUGCCCAUGCUCAUACUAUGCUAUGCU